CGCGACGGACGGGGUCACGGCCAUGAAGGGUUCAAAGGGCAAACGGGGACGUGGCGGAAUCGAUUCAAUGUGGAAUAUUUUGCUGAUCACGACGUGGCUUUGCACAGCGCACAUCGCGUUGGCGCUUCUGGCCGCGUCCCUCUACUUCCUGCCCCAUCCUUUGGCGGUGGGCACCCUCGCCAGCCUCAUCGCGCUCGUGUUGCUUCCGGUUCGGAGGCCGUUCCCGCGCUGGGGUAUCGCAAUCGCGCGCGCGAUCACCUACGCCGCGAUGGACUACUUCCCCAUGUCACUAGAGUGGGAGGAUCAGCCGAGUUUCGUCGAAGCGUCGGUCAAGGGCGUCCCAUCCAUCAUCGGGUGUGAGCCCCACGGAGUACUGCCCCUCUCCAUCAUAAGCUUCGCGGAUUACUGCUACUAUGGGCCCGAGACGCCGAGUAUCGUGAAGGAGACAAGGGCGCUGGCCACCUCAACAAUAUUUUACAUUCCUCUCCUGCGUCAACUGUGGAGUUGGCUCGGCAUCGACCCCAUAUCUCGCGCUCACAUGCGGGCGCAGCUGGAGCGCGGGCGGAGCGUGCUCAUGAUUCCGGGGGGCGUUGCCGAGUGUCUGCGCAUGACGCCCAAGUGCGAGACCGUGUACCUUCGCAAACGGUUCGGGUUCGUGAAGAUGGCGAUACAGACCGGCGCGCAGCUGGUACCCGCGUAUUCGUUCGGUCAGACGCGGACGUACUCUUACUGGAAGUUGGGUCCGCCGCUGUGCUCGGACGCGACGACGGCUCGGCUGGCCAAGAUCAUCGGCCUCGCGCCGAUGACAUUCUGGGGCAGGUGGGGCAGCCCCAUGCCCAGACAGGAGAAAAUACACACAGUGGUGGGUAAGGCGAUACCGGUGGAGAAGCGGGCGGACCCGACGAACGAGGAUGUGGCUGCCAAGCUGGAGGAGUUCAUAGGCGCAGUGAAGGACCUGUUUGAGCGUCAUCGGGGGGAGAACGGGUACGGCGACGUGGAGCUCGUCGUGCUUUGAGACGAGUCGGGCUCUUUCCUCGCGGAUACGAGUCUACGUGACUAUUCAUAGGUGUCUGGAUUGACAACACGUCGUACGCGUGUGCAAGCCCCGUAUGACUUUGCGGAGCACCGCC